AAAAAGAACUUUGAGGGAGGUCGGAGUUUACCUUGUGGUGUUGUGCCCGGCCUUCGCCGCCCUGCGCUCGCCUCGGGCGACUCCGAAGACCGAAUGUUUGCGUAACCCUGCGUGGGACUGCGUACCGCCUAUGGCUCUGUGGCUGGCUGGGAGACUCGGGGACUCCUGAAAGAGUGCUGUUGACUCUCAGAAGACAUGAGUGGUGCAUACAGAGGCAGAGGUUUUGGACGAGGACGAUUCCAAAACUGGAAAAGAGGAAGAGGUGGUGGGAACUUCUCAGGAAGGUGGAGAGACAGAGAACACAGAGCUGACCUGAGUAAAGCUGCAGGAAAUCAUGCUUCUGAACAAGCCUCACAACCUUUACUUCAACAGUCAACGUUGGAUCAGUUUAUACCGUAUAAGGGCUGGAAGCUUUACUUCUCUGAAGUUUACAGUAAUAACUCUCCUCUUACUGAGAAGAUCCAAGCAUUUGAGAAAUUUUUCACAAGGCAUAUCGACUUAUAUGAUAAGGAUGAAAUAGAAAGAAAGGGAAGCAUCUUGGUGGAUUUUAAAGAACUGACAAAAGACGAUGAAAUAACUAACUUGAUACCAGAUAUAGAAAGUGCACUAAGAGAUGCCCCUGAGAAAACACUGGCGUGUAUGGGACUGGCAAUACAUCAGGUAUUAACUAAGGACCUUGAAAGGCAUGCAGCUGAAUUACAAGCUCAAGAGGGAUUGUCUAAUGGUGGAGAAACCAUGGUAAAUGUGCCACAUAUUUAUGCGAGAGUAUACAACUAUGAGCCCUUAACACACCUCAAGAACAUCCGAGCAACUUGCUAUGGGAAGUACAUCUCUAUAAGAGGGACGGUGGUUCGAGUCAGUAACAUAAAGCCUCUGUGCACCAAAAUGGCUUUUCAGUGUGCUGCAUGUGGAGAGAUUCAGAGCUUUCCUCUUCCGGAUGGAAAAUACAAUCUUCCAACAAAGUGUCCUGUGCCUGCUUGUCGAGGGAGGUCAUUUACGCCAUUGCGCAGCUCUCCUCUCACCGUCACAAUGGACUGGCAGUUGAUCAAAAUCCAGGAGCUGAUGUCUGAUGCACAGAGAGAAGCUGGUCGGAUCCCUCGAACCAUAGAAUGUGAACUUGUUCAUGAUCUUGUAGAUAGCUGUGUCCCAGGAGAUACAGUGACUGUUACUGGAAUUGUCAAAGUUUCAAAUAGUGAAGAAGGUUCUCGAUCUAAGAAUGAUAAGUGCAUGUUCCUUUUGUACAUUGAAGCAAACUCUGUUAGCAACAGCAAAGGACAGAAAGCCCAGACUACAGAGGAUGGUUGCAAGCAUGGAACACUGAUGGAGUUCUCCCUUAAAGACCUGUAUGCCAUCCAAGAGAUCCAGGCUGAAGAGAACCUGCUCAAGCUCAUUGUCAACUCACUUUGUCCUGUCAUUUUUGGUCAUGAACUUGUUAAAGCAGGACUGAUGUUAGCGCUAUUUGGCGGUAGCCAGAAGUACGCAGAUGACAAAAACAGGAUUCCCAUUCGAGGAGACCCACACGUCCUGAUUGUUGGAGAUCCAGGCUUGGGGAAGAGUCAGAUGCUGCAGGCAGCGUGCAACGUGGCACCACGUGGUGUGUAUGUUUGUGGAAAUACUGCCACCAGCUCUGGUCUGACGGUUACUCUUUCAAAAGACAGUUCCUCAGGAGACUUCGCUUUGGAAGCUGGUGCCCUGGUACUUGGUGACCAAGGCAUUUGUGGAAUAGAUGAAUUUGAUAAAAUGGGGAAUCAGCAUCAAGCCUUGUUAGAAGCCAUGGAACAGCAGAGCAUUAGCCUUGCUAAGGCCGGUGUGGUUUGCAGCCUCCCUGCAAGAACCUCCAUUAUUGCUGCGGCAAAUCCAGUCGGAGGACACUACAAUAAAGCGAGGACAGUUUCUGAGAAUUUAAAGAUGGGGAGUGCCCUGCUGUCCAGGUUCGAUUUGGUCUUUAUCUUGUUAGAUACACCAAAUGAACAGCACGACCACUUACUUUCUGAACAUGUGAUCGCAAUCAGAGCUGGGAAGCAGAGAGCGGUUAGCAGUGCCACAGUCUCUCGUGUGCUCAGUCAAGACUCAAAUACUUCUGUACUUGAAGUGGUUUCCGAGAAACCGUUAUCAGAAAGACUAAAGGUGGCUCCUGGAGAAAAGACAGAUCCGAUUCCACAUCAGCUGCUGAGGAAGUACAUAGGCUAUGCACGGCAGUAUGUCCACCCAAGGUUAUCCACAGAAGCUGCUCAGGCUCUUCAGGAUUUCUACCUGGAGCUGCGCAAGCAGAGCCAGCGCGUGGGCAGCUCGCCCAUCACCACUCGGCAGCUGGAAUCUUUGAUCCGUCUGACGGAGGCACGAGCAAGGUUAGAAUUGAGAGAGGAAGCAACUAAAGAAGACGCUGAAGAUAUAAUUGAAAUUAUGAAGCAUAGCAUGCUAGGAACUUACUCAGAUGAAUUUGGAAACCUGGACUUUGAGCGAUCCCAGCAUGGCUCUGGAAUGAGCAACAGGUCAACAGCUAAAAGAUUUAUUUCUGCUCUCAACAGCAUUGCUGAAAGAACGUAUAACAACAUAUUUCAAUUUCACCAACUUCGUCAGAUAGCUAAAGAGCUAAACAUUCAGGUUGCUGACUUUGAAAACUUCAUUGGAUCACUGAAUGACCAGGGUUAUCUCCUGAAAAAAGGCCCAAAGAUUUAUCAACUUCAAACUAUGUGAAAGACUUUCCUAUGUCAGGGCCUCCUGUGGUUCAAAAAAUUUCAGAAUCAUCUUAAUUACAAAACUGAAAAUAAAAGUUCUGAAAAAUGACACAACUCAUAACAGAAAAAAAGGUAUAUCCAUAAUUUACCAGAAGAAUACGAAGAGUAAAUUAUUUCCACUAUUUUAUCUAAAUAACAUAAGCAUUAUUUAUGCUUUUGGCUUAUAUUUUUAUUAGUGCCUUUUAGUUUUGUAUAUCAGAUGUCUAGCAGGCAUUCAGAUAAUAUAUAAAUUAGUAUGUGUUUAAGUUUUAUUUAAAACAUUAAACUUUGAAUCUCACAAA